AUGGAUAGUGAUUCUGGUGCAACACAUCAUAUUGCAACAAAUACGGCUGUCUUGUCAAAAUGCUACAAAAUAGGUGUUUCAGAAAAGAAUAAGGUGCACCUUCCCACUAAUGCUAAGGUGGAUAUAUCUCAUACUGGAGAAGCACAUAUUUUUAAAGAUGGAACUGACCUUCACAGUGGCAGGGUAAAGGAGAUUAAGGAAAAUGGUGGCUUAUGUGUUGCCUCAAAUACUUCAAUUGAUGAACCACCUGGAGUAGUUUCUGAUCUGCCCAAUGAUACUGUCUUGCCACCUAUCCAAGAUGCUGAGGAUGAGAGGUGGAUUGAGGCUAUGAAGUUGGAAAUCAAAGCACUAAAAGACAACAAUACUUGGAAAGUUGUUGACCUGUCUCAAGGAGAUCUGGAUGAAGAAGUAUAUAUGAAGAUGCCAAAUGACUUCAAGAAGGAAGGACCACAUAAAGUAUGUAGCUUGAUCAAGUCAUUAUAUGGACUUAAACAAGCUUCAAGGCCACUGAAAAUCAAGCUUACUACAACACUGAUCAAUGCAGGAAUUGAAGUGCUGAGAUCUGGCAAAGGAGUUUUACUAAAUCAGAGAAAGUAUAACUUGAAACUUAUAUCUGAGGCAGGACUUGCUGGUGCAAAACUAGUUAUUACACCACUAAAGUCAAAUGCCAAGUUGACUUCAGUAGAGUUUGAUAGAGCUACUAGUGCAACUGGAGAUGUCAUUCUUAAAAUGCUACAUAUUAUUAGACUAGUUGGGAAGCUCAUGUAUGCCAUUAUUACCAGGCUAGACACCAGUUAUGUUGUGCAGACCUUAAGUCAGUUUAUGCAGCAACCAAAGAAGUCUUAUUUGGAAGAUGUUAGCAGAGCAGUCGGGUACCUAAAAGGCACUAUAGGUCAAGGCAUAUGGCUUAAGACUCAGAUCACUGCAAAGUUAAUUUGGUGGUGUAAUUCAGAUUGGUUGCAUGCCCUAACACAAGGAGAUCAUAUACUAGGUAUGUGA